UCUUAAAACAGCUGUUCUAUGUCAAUGACAGUAGCCCCUUGAAAAAAUCCAUUUGGUUACCGCAUUUGGUGCAAGGCCCCUUUUUCAAUUAAUUUUCCAGGUAAUUUCCAUAUUUCUACGGCAAAAUGAGCGCCUGGAGACAAGCUGGACUCAAUUACAUUAACUAUUCCAAAAUUUCGGCAAAAUUAUUGAGGCAAGCCCUGAAAUCCGACUUGAAAGCUGACGCCCUAAAAAGAGAGGCCUCUCAUCUGAAAGUGACCAAAUGGGAAGAUGGAAAGCCAAUUACUCAAAGCCAAUAAAUAUUUUAAACCUCCGAAUAUUGAAAAUGUCAUCAGCUAUAGAAAUAUCAUUUAAGUAAAAAAAAUACAUUGUUCGUUUAUUUAAUGUAAAAUUAUGCAAUAGAUUUUUAUUAGUAAAAAUUAUAAUGUGUUUCCAAUUAAAAUGC